UCCGCCAUUAAAUCAAAGAAGAAGAAGAAGAAGAAGAAGACGACAGUUCAUAUUUUUCCGACCUAGCUAAAUAUGUCAAUGAGCUAAACACCGGAGGGAAGCAGUUAGCUGAAUCCAAACGACGGCAGUAAAACCCCCGAGGAGUUAGUUUGUUACUCUGAGAUGGACCGACGCCGGAAACAGAAGCUGCGAGGAGAAGCUAUACCAUCAGAUGUCCAGAAAGUGAUUGUUGGUGAAGAACAUCACCAGGAGUGGAGCUCCAGUCUGGACCAGGAGGAUACAAAGCCCCCACACAUUAACGAGGAACAGGAGGAACUGCCGAUCAGGCAGGGCGAAGAGCAGCUUCAAGGGCCCGAGGAGGCAGAUAUCACCAAGUUCUAUGUUCCAAUGAAGAGUGAAGAUGAAGAAGAGAACUCUCGGUUCUCACAACUUCAUCAAAGACAAACUGAAGAGAUGAAAACAGAAGCUGAUGGAGAAGACAGUGGAGGAUCAGAACCAGCCAGGAACUCAGAUCCAGAUACACAUUUACAACCAGAUACUGAUGACAAGACUGGAGACUCUUCUGAAUCUAAGACUUAUGACAGUAAUUGUUGGAAGGAGACCAGGGAAUCCCAGUCAGGUUUAAAGUCUCUGAAUAAUGUUGAAGUCCCUGUCAGUGAUGUGAGAUGUAGUACUGAGUGUGGGCAAAGGUUUGGCACCAGUGGACAUCGGAAGAGACAAAUGAGAUCUCAUACAGGAAAGAAACCAUUUAGCUGCUCAGUGUGUAAGAAAGCGUUUACAGUGAGUGGAAGUUUACAAACACACAUGAGAAUCCACACAGGAGAGAAACCGUUUAGCUGCUCAGUCUGUAAGAUGGCUUUUACAGUGAGUGGACAUUUACAUAGACACAUGAGAAUCCAUACAGGAGAGAAGCCAUUUAGCUGCUCCUUCUGUAACAAAGCUUUUAUACAGGGUGACAAUUUACAGAAACACAUGAGAGUCCAUACAGGAGAAAAACCAUUUAGCUGCUCAGUCUGUAAGAAAGCUUUUACACAGAGUGGAAAUUUACAGAAACACAUGAAAAUACACACAGGAGAAAAACCAUUUACCUGCUCUGUCUGUAAGAAAGCUUUUACAGCGAGUGGAUGUUUACAUAGACACAUGAGAAUCCACACAGGAGAAAAACCAUUUAGCUGCUCCGUCUGUAAAAAAGCUUUUGCAGUAAGUGGAAGUUUACAGAAACACAUGAGAAUCCACACAGGAGAGAAGCCAUUUAGCUGCUCUGUCUGUAAGAAAGCUUUUACAGAGAGUGGACAUUUACAGACGCACAUGAGAACCCACACAGGAGAGAAACCGUUUAGUUGCUCCGUCUGUAAGAAAGCUUUUACAGAGAGUGGACAUUUACAGAAUCACAUGAGAAUCCACACAGGAGAAAAACCAUUUAGCUGCUCAGUCUGUAAGAAAGCUUUUACAGAGAGUGGAAGUUUACAGAAACACAUGAGAAUCCACACAGGAGAGAAACCAUUUAGUUGCUCAGUCUGUAAGAAAGCUUUUACGGAGCGUGGAAGUUUACGGAUACACAUGAGAAUCCACACAGGAGAAAAACGAUUUAGUUGUGCAGUCUGUAAGAAAGCUUAUACAGACAGUGGAAGUUUACGUAAACACAUGAGAACCCUAACGCAUGUUAGAAACCAUUUAGCUGUGUGAAGUGGAGCUGCCAUCUGAAUGGAGCAGAGAACCUUGAUCUAACAUGUUAACACUAACAAAUGAAUGAAAUCUCUAAAAGUUAUGAGAUGUCAUACUCUGUGGGUCCUUUUUUUAGUCUAAAAUCCAAAUGCUACAACGUUAGACUUUAAAAUGUCUUAAUUAUGAUUUUGACAGGUCGUAAAAACUAAUUGGAUUAUGAAGGUAUGUGACUGUUGAUAUCCAUGGAACUCCAAAUAUUAACACAUUUUUCUAACUUAUAUUAGACUUGUUUGUAGGUAACAGCCACCCAACUCGGUCUCCCUUAAGGCCCAGACAGACCGACCAGACAGCCGACCCUCGGCAGAAAAGGCAGUUGGGAGUGAUCAGUCUCCCAGAGUUGAAAAAUCCCCAAAAGUGCCUCGGAACACCCCAAAGCGACAAGAUGUAAUACAUCUCCUUAACAGCAGGAGGCGCUAAUCUGUAUUGUCGCCCAAAAAAUGAAAACCGGCAGCUGAUUGGACGAACACGUCAAGUAGGUCUGGUUUCUGCGGAAAUUCAAAGACACGGUCAUGGCGGCUUGUUCAGAAUAUGAUCUCAUAUUGUACUAAAAUAGUUCACCGAAAUGUGUUUCUGAAAACAUUUUAAGCGAGAAAUAGGCCAUGUAGUUGCUGAAUCUGUCUUCAUUUCAGAUCGACAAAGGUCAGUUUAAAAGAUUUUCGUCAGAUUUUGAGAGACUCUAGUUACGCUCAUUCAGCUCCCCGAUUCCGGGUUAGCACUCUACCAAUCAGAUGGGUCAUUUUAGUCCGACUGCCAGCAGUGCCCACCCCUCAUGUCAAAUGGGCCAAAACGAAGGACGACGGCCCCUCCGAGGGACACUGCACGGAAUGCACCGAACAGACUUGAGUCACUGACCUCGCCAGACUGUCUGACGGCUGAUUAUCGACUCGGUGUGUCUGGACCUUUAAGUGUGAAGUGCUGUGAUCUCACCAACCCUUAUAAAAGUACCAACUGCUAUUGUUCUUGACUCUUCUCUACUACAGAAUGAGCAACAACUCUACUGCAUCUCUCAGCAGGGGGUCCAGAUCAGCUCAAGUAGCCCAACGCAGAAAUUCCACAAUUCUCCCAGCCUGGCUUUCCCAAAACAAUGGAACUGCCGCGCUAAUAAAGGAUUUAUUUCUGUAGUAAUGUACAUGUAUUGAAUUUGAUUUCAUCCAACUUUUAUUGUUUAAAUUUUUCUUGUGGUGCGUAUGAUGGGCUUAUGGUGUUGUCAUUCAUACAUGUUUUUUUGGGUCUAUGGUUUAUCGACUAUUUUGUUACUAUUCUGUUGAAUGACCUGGAAUAUUGUAGUUAGUGCGUCAUCUUUUCUUGAUAUUUUUUUUUUUGUUUGUCGGUGUGGCUGGUGAUGACUGAAGGGGGUGGGGAGGAGAUUUUUUCAUGUUGCGAGUUUUUAUUUUUUUAUUUUGUUAAAGGAAAAAUUGUUAAUCACAAAAAAGAAGUGGAGGUGCUCUAGAGUUUGCACAUCUUUGAGUUUUCAACAUUUUAUUAUAACAAAUUCUGUAUGCAUACUUUGCAUUGAUCCAGUAGCAUAAAAAUAUAAACGCACACAUACAUACUGUAUAUAUAUAUACACAUUCAUAGUCUUCAUAAGAAAUCCACCAGCCAAGCAUAUUUUUAACUAGCCAUUGCUUUUUUGAGUCACAUAUACUGUACAUUUUGUUCAGUAGACAAUGUACUUCACUAUAUCAACUUCACAUCAAAAAGUAGAAAGGACUGUAAACAUGCUCAGUGUCCUCAGACCGUCUUGAGUGUGUAAUAACUGGUGUGCAUGUCUUCACUGAAUAUGUAAAAUGAAUGCCAUAAUUAAAUACCAUUAUUAAAUGUAAUAACAGUAAUGUCA